AACAAAAUGUGAUGUUUUCAGGUUAUUUAUACUGUUAGGGUUCAGACUGAAUCAUGGUCUUAUGUGUUUCAGCGAAUCGUUCUUUAAAGACCUCUUCAAGUCAUCUGUAGAUGUAUUUUUCACCAUACCUGGUGUUCAGUGAAGACAUGAAUGAAGUUGAGGAGAAACAUCAAUGUCAGAAACCUCAGAAUCUUGUAAAGCUGGAAAUGUCUUCUAGUAGUUUGCAGAAGAUCAAGAAUUUCUCUCCGAAAAGAAAACUAAGAACUCAAGCAGCCGAGCCGUUCACCUGCUCUCAGUGUGGAAAGAGUUUCAAAUACAAAUGUCUUCUUCAGGAACACCUGAGAAUUCACACUGAAGAGCGUCCAUACACGUGUCCUCAGUGUGGAAAGAGUUUCACACAGAAAAAUUAUCUUAAGGUGCACAUUAGAAUUCACACUGGAGAACGCCGGUUCAGAUGUCCUCAGUGUGGAAAGAGAUUCAAACGCAAAUCAACGCUUGAGGAUCACAUGAGAAUUCACACUGGAGUGCGACCAUACAUGUGUCCUCAGUGUGGAAAGAGUUUUAAACAGAGAUCAAAUCUUGAGGUGCACAUAAGAAUUCACACUGGAGAGCGUUCAUAUGCAUGUCCUCAGUGUGGAAAGAGAUUCAAACGCAAAUCAAUGCUUGAGCAUCACUUAAAAAUUCACACUGAAGAGAGAGCAUACGCAAAUCAAAUCUUGAGGAUCACAUGAAAAUUCACACUGAAGAGCGACCAUACACAUGUCCUGAGUGUGAAAAGAGUUUCAAACACAAAUCAAAUCUUGAGGUGCACAUGAGAAUUCACACUGAAGAGCGUUCAUAUGCAUGUCCUCAGUGUGGAAAGAGUUUCAGACAGAAAUCAACACUUGAGAAGCACAUCAGAAUUCACACUGGAGAGCAACCGUACACUUUUACUCACUGUGGAAAGAGUUUCAAACACAAAUCAAAUCAUAAUGCGCAUGUGAGAGGUCACACUGGAGAGCGCCGAUACACAUGUACUAAGUGUGGAAGGAAGAGUUUCAGACUAAAAUCAGAUUUUGAGGUGCACAUGAGGAUUCACACUGGAGAGUGUCCAUGAGCAUACAUUCACUGUGGAAAGAGUUUUGCUGUUAAUUUACUCAUCGAGAUGUUUUUUGCUGCAACCUUUGGUAUCAAGCCCAGUAAAAAUGUGUACAAUUAAAACGCAUAAAUGAGGAUAUUGUUUUCAAUAAAAUACACAAG